ACACGCCCACACAGACACACACGCCCACACAAACAAACACACCCACACAAACAGACACACCCACACAAACACACACGCCCACACAGACACACACGCCCACACACACGCCCACUUUCAAAAUCAAGCGACAAGCGGAGAGAAACACCCGCGCCUUGUUUCUACUUGUGGAUGAUACUUGUGGGAUUCCUUCUAAUAGCGGAGAAUGCCCCAGCACCGCCAUCUACACCCAACUACGCAUACACCUGAGAGACCUCCUGACAGACCCAAACACACAGCUCGAGUGGCUUGGAAUGGGCAAAUACUGGCUGGAAAUCUUGACUCCGAAGAACGAAAUCUACGGGAACGAAAUUUUACACAGCGUUUCUGACCUGGAUAUAGAAAACGCGCUGGACUUCAUCCCAACUUCGCCGGGGACUAUUUACCAAACCUCACCAGAGCAUGCGUUGAAUAGAGUACUGGGUUACUACAAGCGCACGAGUAUCAAGGCCCAGUGGAGGUGCUUUUGGUGCAGUUGGUGAAGCAGUAUGACAAAGGAGUGGUAGACGAAUCGCUGCUUGGUGAUGUGAGAGUUAAUGGUGUGGUGUACAAGAGCGAGAAAAAUAACUUGUGGAUGAAGGAUAUAGCGGUGAAGACUGGAGGCGCCUACACCUUCAGCGCCCAGUACAGCCCUAAAUACACCACAGAGGCCCUGAAGAAGACAAUGCCGGGUUACAACAGGCUUACAGUAUUGGAGGAAACAGUGACGUUGGAGGAAGGCGAGAGAGAUUUGGGAGUUUACAUCGACUCUACCAUUGGGCUCAACACGUUCUUCUCCUGCACAUUCCUGAGACGUGGAGGAGGAGGAGGGUUUAAAGUCCUAGAUCCUACAGGAGUGGAAAUACAAAGCCCUGAUCCUUUUAAUGUACAGGUUGAGGAUGCCAGAGAAGGAUUGUGGAGACUCACCACUACCACCACCACCACCACCGCCGCCACCAUCACCACCACCACCACGCCACGCCCGACCACACAGCCAGACAUCAGAGUGUGGUCAUCUGCCUCCACCAUGACCCCGCUUGACCUGACCUCCCAGCCGCUGACCUUGCACGCCCUGGUGACCUUAGGGGGGGUAGGGGUCACGGGGCUGGAGGUCAAGGGAAUGGUGAACAGUGGUGAAGAUAUAGAGGUCAUAUUGUUUGACGAUGGUUAUGGAGACCCAGACAUGAGAGCGGGGGACGGUGUGUACAGCGGCUAUGUAAUUGAUUACACUGGAGGGGAGGAACAAGUGGCGGGCCUGGCAGGUGUAACUAUCACACCUGCCUCCGCCGCCUCCUCCUCCACCAGGUCUUCUUCUUUCUCUUCUUCUUCAAGGGUUAUGCCUCAAGACCCAUUCAGCCCGGGGUUCUGCUGCGGCUCGGAGGUUCCAGGGAUCGCCGCCCCCCUCACCAGAGAGCUGCCUGCCUCCACCACCCUCACCACCACUGCCAGCCCCCCGUGGGACCCCCUGGACCCGAGAGACUGUGUGUUAUAUUAA